UCCAGGUGUCUCAUUUCCUCUGAACUCCGUUGGUAUUCUACCUCUGGACUAUCUUCACAAUACUGAAGUGUAUAAAACAGAGAACAUUUUCACCAAUGCGAAACAAAUAUUGGCACAAUAUCAAAUCAAGGAAAAGAUGAAGAAGGAAACGUCAUUAAUAUUCAGACAGUUUCCUGAGCUCACGGGUAAAAAAUGUUACAAAAAAACACAGAUUAGAUAUCUUUCAUUGUAUACUUAUCCAUGAUUUCUACUUAUCCUACUUAGUCUGUGACUAGACAACUUAAGCAAUUGACAUUUUUUCAACACGGAACGUUACGUGUACAGCGCAAUUCAGCGUGUUUUAGGAGUUCUUAGGCCCGUUUCAAAAGUCGCAUUUUGUAUGUGUCGAAUACAACUCGGCUUGGGCGUUGCCUGGAAUGACGUAAAGCUUGAGACAUUACGACAUACAAGAAUCUCGUUUAUAAGAAUAUUAGGGCUGAAAUAGGCAAAAAUUUAACGUAUUUGCUAAGAUAUAUCCCAAGAUCGUUCAAAGAACGUCUUUCAGAGGAAAGUAUGAAAUAAUAUAUAUGCUACGCUGUGAUGAAUCUGUUACAAACAACUGCAAAAGUACCUUUAUAUUUACUAUACUCCUAUACUAUAAUGUCGUCAUCAGUGUCUCAUUCGUUUUCGUUGCUUUAUAGGUUCCAAGCAAAUGGCGUUCAUUCGUGAUAUUACAAUUUCCAUGAAAUCUGGUGAUUAUGACAAAGCUGUCAAGUUAAGUCAUCAUUUGAUCAAGCUUUCUCUGAAAGGACUGAAUUAUUAUCAGAAAUAUGACCGUCUUCUUCUUAGCUGUAUGGUCACGCUAGGAUUUCUGGGGUGGAUUAGCUGUGUCAUCUUACGAAUUUUCCGGGAAACAUCAAAAAAUUCUAAGAAAAAUGACAAGUGGAAUUCACUCAUCAACAAGAUCUUCUUUGGUGUUGGUUGUACUGCUGUGGUGUUAUUACAGAUUGAGAAAGCACCCAUAACACACUAUUUAUACUGUUUAUUACCGCUCGUGUGUUGGAAUUACGUCGUACAACAAUGGACAACAAUCAAGAUACUUUGUGUAACAUCACUUAACAAUGUUCUAAAACUCGUCCUCAGUCUUCUCCUAGUGACUCUCGGUUUAGAAGUGCUAGUACUCAGUUUCUUUUAUCGAUAUAUCCUGUCUGUUGGAUUAAUCCUUCUAGCCACAUGGCCUCUAGCCACUCCGCUGGUCAAAACACAUGCAGUCACAGUUGGUUUAUGGAUCAUACACUGUUUAACACUUGCGUGGUUUCCAUUACUUCCAGUGGUCGGGCGUGACUCUAAUUAUCAGUUAGUAACUCUAGCUGGAAUAGUAUCACUCAUAGAAGCAGUUGUAGUUCUAUAUUUAUACAAGAAGAACAAAGGAUGUUUCAAUACAAUGACAAAAGUCGUGCUUGUUAUACAAUUUCUGACUCUGGUGUCAGCUGUCGCGAUAUUAAACCACAGUGCUUAUAAUUUAUCUUUAAAACGUGGCAUACCAAGAGUCAACCAUAUAUUCAGUUGGUUAACAGUGAUAUGUUGUGUGUUCCUACCGACUUUGGUCACAGAUGCGCUUGUUCUACGGCUACUGAGUACAACCAUGUCAUUAUUUCCAGUGUAUUUGCUACUGAGCACUUCUUAUGAAGCACUUUUCUUUCUUGUCUUAUCCUCAACUAUGGCAUUAUGGUUGACUUUGGAACAUCAGUUAUCCAGUUGUUUCCAAGAUUAUCCUAAUACAUCAUUGGCACAAAUACCUGUCCACGACCCGCGGGACGGUCACGCGAGAAAGGUAUCAUUUGACGAUUUACGCUGUGCUUUCUUCUUCGUAUAUUUUAUCAUUACUGCAUUUUUUGGCACUGGAAAUAUCGCGAGUAUUAAUACAUUUGAUCCCACGACUGUCUAUUGCUUCAUAACUGUCUUCUCGCCAUUUGUCAUGGGCUCUCUGUUGAUACUCAAAAUUUUGAUUCCGUUUGUUGUGGUCACGUGUGUAUUCGAUGCUGUUCACGUGGUGUGCAAAGUUCCAGUAAACCGGCUGUUCCUGUUAGUCCUCAUAAUGACCGACUUUUUGGCGUUACAGUUUUUCUAUCUUGUCCAAGAUUAUGGAAGCUGGUUGGAGAUUGGGACGAGUAUCAGUCAUUUUGUCAUCAUGCUAUCAUUCAUUAUAUAUCUUUUCUUUAUAUUUGGUAUAGCAAGAUAUUUUACCAGAAAUACAUGGUGGAACUCGAUAAAAACACACAUCCAAUGAAUGUAAACAUGUUAUGUUACUAGAAAUACUUGGCGAAACUCGGUAAAAUUACAUGUUUUAAUGAAGAAGUAAUAAUUGUAAGAAUCUAGGAAUCUUUAAGAACUUUAACUCUUCUUCGGUGUAGCAAGUUUAGCGUACUUUUAAAUACAAGUAAUAAUGAUCUUUAUUUUAACUGUUCGAUCCUUUCAACUACAAAUGCUGGUGUUAACACUCGAUUAACAGGUCAUUAAGAGACCGGUCAUUAUUUAUGACGGGAGGGGGGGGGGGGACACCGAAGAGAAAUGAAUGGUCUUCUUGGUAAAAAUUUUGCUGAUCCAACCAUUAAAAAGUCAAACUUUUUUACCACCCCUGGCAAAAACUUUACAAAAGGAUACCAUUCACUUGUCACACAUGUUUGAUUGUACAAUUUUCUGCAGUCUAAAGUUCAUGUUGCCUGCACAUAUACUUUCUUUGGAGACACCAUUUGCCUCCUGAUCAAGAUAGUGACUCUGAUUGAUUGAUUUACAUAUUGUAUUGACAUAUAUGACUAUUGACAUUGCUUUUAGUUUUCAGUAUUUGAUUGAGUGAGACUAAAUUUUGAAUGACAAUAAAUUUUUAUUAGCCAACCCUUGAGUUAUUUUGUUUUUCAUUUACCCAACCUUUUACUCACUCAAAAUUUUGUUUACCCAACCCUUUUCUCUUCGGUGCAUGCGCCAUAAAUAAUGACCGGUCCCUAAUGUUAGAAAUAACUAAGACUUAGAAAUAUUUAAAAGUAUUUAUAGUAUUUUCAUCAUAUUAUAGAUAAAGUAUUGUAUUUAUUUUACAAAAUCAAGCGACCUCUGUAAAGUUGAGCUAGUAAAAUUAAUAAAAUUUCCUUUCAAGAGAAUCUAAA